GCGCACCGCGCUGCUCUAUAAAGGCAGCGCUCAACCCAGAAGUGAGCAACAGGUGAUCCAGGUGAAGCCUCCUGCUCCCAUCUCAUAGCUCCGGACCCACAGGCGCUGCGCUGCAGAUAGUCAUGGCUCCAAAAUCAAAAGUGGAUACUGAUUCCUCCAACGACAAAGACUCGGCCAUCCUGCCGUCUUACUCCACCGUGGAUCUGGUGAAUGAUGAACCAGAAGUAGAUCCCUGGGAGCUCCCAGAACUCAAGGACACGGGGAUCAAGUGGUCAGAGCUGGACACAAAAGGAAAGAUUCAGAGGGUGGUGAUAUCCAUCGUGAAGUUUGUCCUGCUUGUUGGACUUCUCUACCUGUUCAUUUGCUCGCUGGAUGUUCUGAGCUCAGCUUUCCAGCUAGUUGGAGGCAAAGUCGCUGGUGACAUCUUCCAGGACAAUGUCGUGUUGUCCAACCCUGUGGCCGGACUGGUGAUCGGGGUGUUAGUCACAGUGUUGGUGCAGAGCUCCAGCACCUCCUCCUCUAUCGUGGUCAGCAUGGUGUCCUCUAAUUUGCUGGACGUCCAGUCUGCAGUGCCGAUCAUCAUGGGAGCCAACAUCGGAACAUCUGUCACCAACACUAUUGUAGCCAUGAUGCAGGCAGGAGACCGUAAUGAGUUCCGCAGGGCGUUUGCUGGGGCUACAGUGCACGAUUUCUUCAACUGGCUCUCUGUGCUGGUUCUUCUGCCUUUGGAAGCCGCCACGGGCGUUCUGUACAAACUCACCGCUCUAAUCAUCGAUUCUUUUAAUAUCCAGACCGGAGAGAGUGCCCCCCAACUGCUCAGCGUCAUUACAGACCCUGUCACAGACUCCAUCAUCCAGCUGGACAAGAAAGUCAUCGAAGAGAUUGCUAUGGGUAAACCUGAGGCCAGAAACAAGAGUCUGAUCAAAAUAUGGUGCAAAACGCAGGAGAACACGACUUUCUGGAAUAAGACUAUGGAUCAUUGUCCUAACGGUUCUUUAUGCUGGGCGACGGGAGGCGGGUUCCUUGUCGAGAUGAAUGAGACUGAGACUAAAUACUUAGAGAAAUGCAAACAUCUCUUCGUCAACGUUGACUUGUCAGACGUGGCUGUGGGCCUCAUCCUCCUGGCUCUGUCUCUGUUUGUCCUCUGCAGCUGCCUCAUCUGCAUCGUCAAGCUCCUCAACUCCAUGCUGAAGGGACAGGUGGCUUUGGUCAUCAAGAAGGUGCUCAACACAGACUUCCCCUUCCCCUUCUCCUGGGUUACUGGCUACAUUGCAAUUUUGGUAGGAGCAGGGAUGACAUUCAUCGUCCAGAGCAGCUCCGUCUUCACCUCAGCCAUAACACCUCUUGUCGGUAUUGGUGUCAUUAGCCUUGAGAGGGCGUAUCCUCUGACUCUGGGGUCAAAUAUUGGUACAACAACCACUGCUUUACUUGCUGCCAUGGCUAGCCCUCCAGAGAAACUAUCCAACUCCCUGCAGAUUGCACUUUGCCAUUUCUUCUUCAACAUCAUGGGUAUCAUCCUGUGGUACCCAAUUCCCAUCACGCGCAUCCCCAUCAGAUUAGCCAGAGGGCUGGGGAACCGGACAGCCGAAUACCGCUGGUUUGCUGCCCUCUACCUCAUCCUGUGCUUCUUGGUUUUUCCUCUGUCCGUAUUCGGCCUGUCCCUGGCCGGCUGGAAAGUCAUGGUCGGCGUCUGUGUGCCAAUCGCUGCUCUGGUCAUUUUUGUGAUCAUUGUCAAUGUGAUGCAGUCCCGCUGGCCCCGCUACCUGCCAAAGGGCCUCCGCAACUGGAAUUUCCUGCCCCUGCCUAUGCGCUCCUUUGCACCGUGGGACACCGUGGUGACAUCGACUCUGGGCUUCUGCGGCAGACACUGCUGCUGCUGGUGCAAAUGCUGCAGGUGCUGCGGAGAUAAGGAGAAGGAUGAGGAGGAGGAUGAGGAGAUCAGGAAGAACACCAUAAAGAGCCUGGAGAUGUACGACAACCCGGCCAUGUCUAAAGACGAAGACAUGAAGGACGGCUUUAAAGCAACACAGUUAUAAUAUUAAUAAGCUUGUUUAAAUCUGUAAAUAAGGAAUACAUGCAAUAAUGGAUUUAUAACACCCUAAUUGUCGAUCACUUCUCAGGUUGUGGUAUGAUAUUGAUUCCCCUUUAUCGGAUGAUACACUAAGCACUAUACUAUACUUUUUCUAUUGCCAUCAUGCUGGAGAAAAUGAGAUGAUGUUGCACAUACUGCUGGUCGCUGGUCACGUAUUUCACACUCACUGUCCUCUAUGACCUAAUUAUGGGUGGUUCUGAAUGUUAUUUUUUUACUUUAUAUGAUAUGUGGGUGGUUGAGUUUAGUUUUAUUUUCAAUUUUGAACAUUUCAGCUGCAAAUGUUUAAUGUAGCAUUUCGAAUAUCAUAUUAUUAAUGUAUUAUGUUAUCAUUCAGUAUUUAAGACUAUGUGAUAUUAUAAUAUUUGUAAAUAAAAACAAAUUCCUAUUUUUAAA